AUGAAAGGCACACCCGGUUUUUAUUUCCUAGGCUUACUAGGCUUGUGCCUCACCAUUCUCACUUCAGUAACGGGAAGGGAUACAACCAACGUGCCUCCUGAAUUGGCAGUGAUAGGUAGUCCAAACUGGAUAUUACCUACGACGUUCUCAUCGUCAUUGGGAGACUGCGAGGCUGGCCAUGAUGUAGUUGUAUCUCCUGGGGAAUAUUUGAAACCCGAUGAAACACAAAAGCUACCCCAUAUCUCCAUUGCUAACCUUAUGAUGUCUUACGAAUCCAACACAAACUCAAAAUCAAAGUAUGUCGUCCUGAUGGUCGACCCAGAUUAUAACACCACCUCCCCAACCUACGUGAUACUCCACACGCUAUACGCCAAUGUUACGGCACAAGGCCAGCUCGACACCUCUGCUGAAAUCGCCAAAUACCUUGCUCCCUAA